GAUUGCCAAUGUUGUCGAGACUAUUACGAUGCAGCAGGGCCAGUUGCUGUACGACCUUAUGAGGAUAAGAUUAGUAGGCAUCGCGAUUAUGGUCCGCCACCAUCAACACCAGAAGGUUUCUGGGAGAUUGGAUUCCCGGAUACACAAAUGGUGGCAAAGACUAAUCGAUCUGCAGAUGCUGCUGAUAGAAAGAAACGGGAA